AUGCCGUUCGGUCUUCGCAAUGCCGCCCAAACCUUCCAGAGGUUCACUGACCAUGUCUUACGUGGCCUACCCUUUGUGUACGCCUACAUUGAUGACCUCUUGGUGGCCAACCGGGAUGAGGCAGAACACAAAGAGCAUCCUGUCUUGGCGUUUGACCGCCUUGACAAGUUUGGCGUUGUCAUCAACCCCUCCAAGUGCGUGCUGGGUGUGUGUUCGCUCGAGUUCCCCGGUCAUCAGGUCGACUCUGAAGAUUUACGUCCCCUCCCCUCCAAGGUUGCAGCAGUUCGUAAUUUCCCUCCAUCAACUUCCAAGCGUCAGUUGCAGCGAUUCCUCGGCAUGAUUAGUUUUUACCGUCGGUUCCUACCGAACUGUGCUUACCUCAUGCUGCCGCUCACCAACAUGCUUUCUGAUUCCAAAGGCCCCCUCGAUCUGACUGGUGAAGCACUGACUGCCUUUGAGGGAAUCAAGAAUUUCCUUGCCGAUGCCACCUUACUCACGCAUCCCGCUCCCGAAGCUCAGCUGUCCCUGAUGGUAGAUGCUUCGACCGUAGCCGUAGGUGCAGCCUUUCAACAACACCUUGCUGGUCCGGCUCGACCACUUGCCUUUUUCUCCAAAAAUCUCUUACCAGCUGAGACACGCUGCAGUACCUUUGGCCGUGAGCUACCUGCAAUUUACUUGGCUGUGAAGCAUUUCCGACGUUUCCUUGAAGGUCGGGACCUCACUGUUUUCACGGACCACAAACCGUUGACUUUUGCACUUCGGUCCCACUACGACAAGUGCAAUCCGAGGGAAAUCGCCCAUCUGGACUUCAUCUCCCAAUUCACCACCGACAUCCGCCACAUUGAUGACACGAAGAAUGAGGUGGCUGAUAUGCUGUCAAGGCCCUCACUGUCUUCCCUCCAACUCUCACUCGGGAUCGAUACUUGCGCCAUGGUGGCUGAGCAACAGCGAGUCGGUUGUCCUGGCGACGAGUCUGUUAGUGGUCUUCAACUGAAAGGCGUUCCUCUGACCAUCGGCUCUGGUACCAUACUUUGUGACAUCUCGACCCCUUUUCAUCGCCCUUUCGAGCCCGCCUCGAUGCGGCGAGCUGUAUUUCAAAAUUUGCAUGGGCUCUCCCACUCUGGGAUCCGAGCCUCUCAAAAACUCCUCGCGGAAAGAUUUGUUUGA